CUCGAUCAUCCUCGACUCGAUAUCUCGAGGGGUGCUCUCCAGCACAUAUAUCGCUCCAUUACCGUAUUGAUAAUUUCCAUUUUUGGAAAUUGCAUUGUUAGCUAGUAUGCUUGAAAGACAACCGAGAAAAACCUAUCUCGGGUUGAAAUUAAUAAUAGCCGGUGAAUGCAUAGGUUUUGUGGGAACGUUCCUAUUCUUCCAGUAUAUGAGAUCGUCUGAAAGUAAGUUCCUCCGCCAGUGCGCAUACCCUUCUUAUACUUAGGUUCCAGAUACUAUAUGCACAAGCACUUUCCACUACUGCUAGAUGGUUUCUAUAGUCUUGAGGAUAUGAUGUUUAAGGAGAAUUCCAAAUUGUCAGACAUCGCAUUGUGGCAACGACAGCAAAAUGAGAAUUAAAUCUAACGGAGUUCGAAAAACUUCCAACAGUUUUAAUAGGUAGUGAUGGUUUACAAUUGACAAACAGAAAAGUUAUUCUUCGAAAGCCUUUAAAUAUAAAGCUCUUGAAUGUUCCGUAAUAAGCUAUUGGUGAAAAUAAUAUAUUGAAAGCUGAAUGAUAUACAAGAUAUAACAUUUGAAGGAAGUGAUAUUCCACGUGCAAUAUGGAUUCGCCUGCUUUGAUAGAAGGCAGUUUGUCGGAACGUAUCACUAAACGGGAUCGCGAGAGGAAGAGCACAAUCGAGAGACGGAAAGAGGAGAGGCAAUCGUUGGCCGUUGAAUCCGAACAGAGUAGCUAUUUUAAGGACACAUUUUACUCGUCCAGCAAGAAAAUCAAAGACACGUUAGACGAUGCGCCUAACGCCCCCACGUCGGCUCUUCCCGGGAUAUUUGAUAAAACGAAUAAGGAUAUUCAGCUGCUUAAGAAUUACUUGUCGCAGUCGAAGAUGUUCUUGAAAGUUUAUGAUAUCAGGAAGGCGCAGGAAAAUUUACAAUUGUUGGAGAGCGAAGCCUCCGAUUUAGAAAUGAAACUGUUGCCGAAAAAGAAGUUCGGCUUCAAAAACCGACGGGUCGUAAAAAAGGCUACCGAUAAAUCACACGAUAUGACGGACGGUCUGAAGGAUUUGAAAAUAUCAGAAGGAAUUGUGAACGGUUCAGGCAAACAGAAUCAUAAAUUGUCCAGCAAAUACGGCGACAGUGCGUGUAUGCUGCUCGGGAAGGUUGAUGAACAAUUAGUUUUGGAUGCUGAGAACGUGAACAAGAACGAUGUUCUGAUUUCCGAUUUAAUUCGUUGUACAGUAAGAAUAUAUGGCACGCCUAGUACUUUACACAUGGUAAACUUGAAACAGUGUACCAUAUUAGUCGGACCAGUGACGUCGUCGGUGUUCGUCCACGACUGUAGCGAGUGUGUAUUCGCAUUCGCGUGUCAGCAGCUCCGGCUACAUUCGUCGACAGAUUGUACUAUUUAUUUACACGUUACGAGUAGAUCCAUUAUAGAAGAUUGUACGAGGAUACGUAUAGCGCCUUACAACUGGACUUACGACGAUCAGGCAAAUCAUUUUAAUCUAGCAGGUCUCGAUCCGAAAAUAAACAAUUGGAAUUGCGUGGAUGAUUUUAACUGGUUAUCAAACGAGAAGCAUUCACCGAACUGGAGCGUCCUAGAACCCGAAUCAAGAGUUAAAAGUUGGGAUUAAAUAACGAAUUUGGUCACAGCGGCGAAUAUUCAGUUCUACGGAUAUCAUCUUUUUUCAACGUUAGAUAUUUAUUUUAUUAUAAAAAUCCUGUACGUGCAUACUCUGCUUUUUCACAGAAAUUACACUAUAUGUAAGUGUUUUGUAUACUUACAGAAUGUUUAAUAAAAUUCGCUGUUCGUGAAUUGCAUA